AUGGCAAACUAUAUGCAAAAGUACGGACUUAUCUUAUUGCUGUUCAUCACAGGAGUCUGGGCUGUUGCCGUGACCAUACCCAGCAACGAAGUAGGGCUUGACAAGUUUCCUGGAAUGGAAAGCCUUCCUGUCAUCAAGUACGACGGCCCUCGGUACGAGCUCACGGAAGAAGAUAAAGCGGAACUUCUCCAUGCGCACUCUACAGGUGGACCGUGGAAAAUGCCAGCGGGCAUGCCACACAUCGAACUACAGGCAGGAAACAUCUUGGACCUAGGUGUUGAUACCAACCUUACAAAACGGGCCGGAAACCGCGUUAUCGGCGCUUUCGGAGGUUACAAUUGCCCUAUCGAAACUAUCAUAGCCUCCGUAGUCAACUUUGGCUGCGGUACCGGCUGUAUCACCGUCAAUUCUAAUGCCCUUAGCGGCCUAGUGAUACAGCAGAUCCACGGGAACCCUUAUCCUACUAUGGAUGUUUGGGCGAGCCCGCGUUGCCAAGGGGAUCGUUUACAGCAUUUCGGCGUGGAUGAUAGGGCUUCUUGCACCAAUGUUAACAACUGCUGUGGGUUCCGCUCAUUUAUCGGAUACUGGAAUUGUUAA